CACCGCCGCAGCUCAAUCACUCAGGCGGCCCUGUCGAACCUCUUUCAGCGAGGCCCCUCGAAUGUACCAAAUGGGUCGUCCUUUAACGGCGGCAAUGGCAGUGCAGACUCGCAGAGGCGCCGCUUAUCAAUCACCACCAUCGGCCUCUCUGGCACUUCGCCCACAAACACCUCCUCCUUCAUGCGGCGUGGCAGCAUGUCCACCAACUCCAAUUCGGACUCGUUUGAAGAGAAUGCCAUUGAAGACGAGGAUGCUUUCGUUGGCCCUAGAACGGCCCCGACUACGCCCUUUGCCCGGCACAUGAGUUUCGGAGGCAACUCUGCCAUGAGAAACUUGCGCACAGGAAGCAGCCCCGGAAAUGGUAAAUCCCCAAAGUCCCCUCCCCCGUCAUCACUCGGACGCAACCAGGGCGGUCAGGCGGAUCAGUGGCUCCCGUUACUCUCCCAGUCCCAGCCGCACCAGCGUCAGGUUUCCAUAUCUGCCGCCUGGCCCGCUAUUGGACGCCGGUCCAGCCUUCAUGUGCCCCCCUUAUCUUCUCAGGCAAGCAACAUUCAGCAUCCGAGAGCCUCUUCUGACAAUCCCCCUUCUCGAGCAGACCAGUUUGGCUUCAAUUGGUCCGAACAGCUUAGAACUCGCGCCGAAAGCUCCGUUACCGGGGCCCGCCCUUCCUUUUCCUUCCAGGGCGCCGGCUCCCACUCUCCCCCGAGGGCAGUGCCCACCCACGACCGUUCAAAGUCCAUCUCCGACAUGCCGCAGCCUCCCGCGCAGGCAUCUUCUGUCAAGCCUCCCAAGCAACAUGAACGCCCAAAGCCGGAUGCUUUCCAGGAAAGAAUUCUCAAGGGCGACUUUUACAUGGAUUAA